UUCGAUGUUUCUUAAUCAUCAUCGUCUCCUUCACUCCUUCCUCGUUCAUUAUCAUUAUUAUAAUCAAAACCCUCCAAAACCCAUCAUUUUUUACUCUUUUUCCUGCUGAGUCAUGGAUCCAUCUCCUCGAAUCCCUAACAUUUUCAUCUCUAUACAUUACAAUCCACUAGGAAUGGAAAUCACCCAUCAGUUACAAUGUCGAUUAACGAACGGAAAGAUCCCAGUUACAGUUUCUCUACCGCCAAUGCUUUAAGGGUUUUGAACGAAUUUGAAUCUGGAAUAGCCGCCUCCCCUCCUCCGUCGAGUGGAUCAGGCGGUCGAUGUCCAAGGAAUGUAGACAGUCCGACUUAUGGACAGUUAACGCCGAGGGAAACAAGGGUUUCGUUUAACGAGAAUGGACGGACAACUAUACGCGAAGAAGUUGGAGAUGCAGUUAUGGAACAACGGAAGUCGAGAGUCUUGUUCAGGGCAAAGACGAAGUCGAAGUCGAGGUUGUUGGAUGAUCCGCCGGAGGAUCAGAGAUCACAGAAACAAAGGGUUGAUGAAGAUGAUCCAUUUCUAGAUGAUGAUUUCCCGGAGGAGUAUUACAAGAAGAUGAAGUUUAGCAAAUGGUCUAUUUUUCAAACUGUGAGUUUCAUUAUAGUCAUAGCAGCUUUAUCUUGUACAUUAGCAAUCAGGAUGUUAAGAAACAGAACAUUAUUCGAACUCCAUCUAUGGAAAUGGGAAAUAAUGGUUUUAGUUUUGAUAAGUGGGAGAUUAGUUUCUGGUUGGGUAAUUCGAAUAAUUGUCUUCUUCAUUGAACGAAAUUUCAUAUGGAGAAAAAGGGUUUUGUAUUUUGUAUAUGGAAUCAGGAAUGCUGUUCAGAACUGUAUAUGGUUGGGUCUGGUUUUGAUUUCAUGGCAAUGUAUUUUCAAUAAGAAAGUUGAGAGGAUAACUAAUGGUGAAGUGUUACCUUAUGUUACUAGAAUCUUGAUUUGUCUUUUGGUGGGUACAUUGAUAUGGUUACUAAAAACUCUUCUAGUGAAGGUUCUGGCUUCGUCCUUUCAUGUCAGUCGAUUUUUCGAUCGAAUUCAUGACUCUUUGUUCAACCAGUAUGUUAUCGAGACACUUUCCGGGCCUCCAUUGAUUAAACUUCGCCAAGAGAAUGAAGAAUGUGAUCGAUUGAUGUCUGAGGUUCGGAAGCUACAAGAUGCAGGGGCUGAUGUUCCUGCUGAUCUGAUCAAGGCUAAUGUUUUUCAGACGAAAAGAGAAGAUGGAGUUACGGUUGAUCAUCUGCAGAGGCUGAAUCAGAUGAAUGUCUCUGCUUGGAAUAUGAAGAGGUUGAUGAGUAUGGUGAAGAAAGGUGUUCUUUCAACCAUGGAUGAAACUAUACAAGAUUCUCUUGACCAUGAUAAUGGAUCUGGUGUACUUCACAUUACUAGUGAAUGUCAAGCAAAAGCUGCAGCAAAGAAGAUAUUUUUCAAUGUGGCUAUGGUAAGAUCUAGGUUCAUCUAUUUGGAGGACCUUAUGAGAUUUAUGAGGGAAGAGGAGGCUAUGAAGACUAUGAAGCUUAUUGAAGGGUCAAAUGAGAGCAAAGGAAUAAGCAAAAGUACUCUCAAGAAUUGGGUGGUUAAUUCUUUUAGAGAACGUCGAGCCCUUGCAUUGUCCCUAAACGACACGAAAACAGCUGUGAACAAACUCCACCGGAUGCUGGACGUAGUUAUAGUAGUUAUCAUGUUGGUCAUAUGGCUUCUUAUUCUCAAACUAGCAACUACACAAUUCUUCAUCUUUUUAGGCUCCCAACUUCUAUUAGUUGCCUUCAUGUUUGGUAACACUUUGAAAACAACAUUCGAGGCCAUCAUAUUCUUGUUUGUCAUGCACCCGUUUGAUGUCGGGGAUCGUUGUGAAAUUGAUCAAGUACAGAUGGUUGUGGAAGAGAUGAAUAUAUUGACUACAGUUUUCUUAAGGUAUGAUAACCAAAAGAUCACAUACCCUAAUAGUGUUCUUGCUACCAAACCCAUCAGCAAUUAUUAUCGUAGUCCAGAUAUGGGAGAUGCAAUUGACUUUUGCAUUCAUGUUGCCACUCCUUUCGAAAAGAUCACACUCAUGAAAGAAAAAAUAACCAGAUAUGUUGAUAACAAGAGCGAGCAUUGGUGUCCAUCCCCGAUGAUAGUUUUGAGAGACGUGGAAGAUAUGAACAGGCUUAAAGUAUCGGUUUGGCUAUCGCAUCGAAUAAAUUUUCAAGAUAUGGGCGAGAGAUGGGCUAGGAGAGCUCUUUUAGUGGAGGAAAUGAUCAAAGUUUUUAGAGAUCUUCAAAUUGAAUAUCGCAUGCUUCCUCUUGAUGUCAAUGUUCGAAAUUUGCCUCCUUUAACCUCAACUAGACUUCCCUCGAAUUGGUCGACAUUAAACCAAUCAUAAACCAUUGAUCGGAGAGUAACUUUUUUUUGUUGUUGAUUAUCGUUUUCACUAAUUUAAAUGUUGCUAUCACGUUAUCCUUGUAAAUAUUAUUCCUUGAGGAUCUUUUUCGAU